GUUGCAUUAUCAAUUGUUAUUUUAAUAUACAAUUCAUCAUUAAUUUAAGUGGAGCAUUGUAAAUGCGAAAGAUGAAUAUAUAUUACAAAUAUAAUUCCUGAAUUCAUGUACUCAUUCUCCUUGUGUUGACAAUGUUGAUUACACAUCGCCUUGUAGUGAUGAUAAUAAUUGAUAUUAUCAUACAUCACACACAUACUUUUAUAAAUUGACUGAGCUUGGAUCGUAGCAGCCAAUGUUACAAGUUAGUUGGCUGAGAGCUGAGAUAACAUGGAGCUAUAAGUGCCAGAGUUCAAUUGCUGUUGCAUUCAAUUAACAUUGUGUGAGACAAUUGAUCAGCAUUUGAAUUACAAGGUUAUGGAAUCUUUUGAAAUAAUAUGCGGCAUUGCCGUUGUAUUUCUUGGUGCGUAUUAUUACUUUACAUUGAACUUUGGUUUUUGGAAGUCACGUGGUAUUCGCGGUCCACAACCGACACCAGGAUUCGGUAAUAUUAAAGAUAUUAUGCUUAUGAAAAAAUCCUUACCUGAUUUUUUGAUGGAAAUAUACAACGAUUACAAAGAUGAACCCAUGGUUGGAAUAUUUGCUAACAGGACACCAACUCUUAUCGUAAAAGAUCCAGAUUUAAUUAAGGAUAUUCUUAUCAAAGAUUUUACUAAUUUUGCCGAUAGAGGAUUUCUCUUUCACGAAAAGUUAGAUCCGCUGUCGCAACAUCUUUUCGCUUUAGAACCUAAAAGAUGGCGACCAUUGAGAACAAGACUUUCGCCUGUUUUCACAUCUGGCAAAUUAAAGGAAAUGUUCUCUUUAAUAACACAGUGCGCUGAUCGAUUUGAACGAUAUAUAGAAAAACUAGCGAGCAAAAACGAGCCCAUAGAAUGUCGCGAGCUAACAGCCAAGUAUACAACCGAUGUAAUAGGUACUUGUGCCUUUGGCAUCGAAAUGAAUGCUUUGUCGGACGAAGACAGCGAAUUUCGCAACAUGGGAAGACUGGUCUUUGCGCCAACUUGGACAAAUAUUGUACAAAGAAGAAUGAGACAAUUACUGCCUAAGCGAUUUUGCGAUAUACUCAGUUAUAUUUUACCAAUAAAAGAAGUAACCAAAUUUUUUACACGUGUUGUCGUAGAGACUAUGUACUACAGAGAUACGAAUAAUAUUGUUAGACACGAUUUUAUUGAUACAUUGCGCGAUUUAAAAAAACAUCCAGAUAAAGUAAGCAAUAUCGAUUUAACUGAAAACCUAAUAGCUGCUCAAGCAUUCGUAUUUUUCGCUGCCGGCUUUGAAACUUCAUCAACAGCUAUGAGUAAUGCCCUUUAUGAAUUAGCAUUAAAUCAAGAAAUACAAAAGAAGCUGCGUGAGGAAAUUAAUGAAGAAUGUAUAAGACAUAAUGGCAAUUUUAAAUAUGAAAAUGUAAAAAAGAUGAAUUACUUGGAUAAGGUUUUUAAAGAAACUUUACGAAAAUAUCCUCCAUUAGUCCAACUUACAAGAAAAGCGACAUCAAGUUAUACUUUUCAUAAUAUCAACGUUAAUAUACCAAAAGGUCAGGACAUAUGGAUUCCAAUUUACGCAAUUCAACGAGAUCCGGAUAUUUAUCCGAAGCCAGAUGUAUUUGACCCAGAAAGAUUUUCUGACAAAGUUGCGCAAAUUAAACACUCGAUGUUUUAUUUGCCUUUCGGUGAUGGACCAAGAAAUUGCAUAGGUGCUCGCUUUGCUGUUCAUCAAACAAAAAUUGGACUUAUAAAAAUAUUGCGAAAUUAUAAAGUUGAAAUUUGCGAAAAAACGCAAAUUCCCUAUAUAAACGAUCCUCGAUCGUCUGUUAUAUUAACGCCAUUAGGUGGAAUAUAUUUGAAAAUGAUUAAAAUCAAUCGACUCUAAUUUAUGUUCGAUUGUUUCUCAAAAAAUAUGCGUUAAGAAGUGAAAAAUGUAAAAAUAUAUAAUACA